AUGAGUCAAAUGGUAAUGGUGCAAGCUAUAGAUGUGUCUCUUAACAAGUUCUCAACUGAAGUUCCAGCCUCACUAUCAAGCUGCACAAACUUGCAAUAUUUGAAUCUUUCAUGGAAUUCAUUUUAUGGGCCAAUACCAACAUCAAUCAUAGAACUCAAAAAUCUUUUGGACAUUGAUCUCUCCAAUAACAAUUUGUUAGGUGCAAUUCCAAUGGCUUUUGGAGAAAUGAAAACACUUCAACAUAUCAAUCUCUCUUCAAACAAAUUAACAGGAGAGGUUCUAGAGGAAGGAGUUUUUGCAACAAUUGAUGAGUCAACAAUUAUGGGAAAUCUUGGCCUUUGUGGAACAUGGAUGAAAUUGUCACCAUGCUCUCAUUCCAAGCACAAACAACCAUUAGUUAGCAAGAAGGUGAUAAUUCCUAUUGUGGUCGGUACUGGAAUUUUCAUUCUGUCUUUUCUAUUGUUUAUGUUUUCCUAUAGAUGGAGACAAAGAAAGAUUCUUGAUCUCAAAGUGUGGCCCUUACGAAUUUCAUAUUCAGAACUUGUAGAUGCAACUGAUGGCUUUAGUGAGGCAAAUCUAAUAGGAAUCAGUAGUUUUGGAUCUAUCUAUAAAGGGAUUCUAAAAAAUGGUACAGAUAUUGCUGUCAAAGUUCUCAAUUUACAAGAUGAAAAUGCUCUCCAAACUUUUAAUAGAGAAUGUAAUGUGUUAAAAAGAGUCAGGCAUCGAAAUGUUAUUAAAAUCAUUUCAACUUGUUCCAACCUUGAAUUUAAAGCAUUGGUUCUUCCAUUCAUGUCAAAUGGAAGUUUGGGGAGAUGGCUUUACCCUGAGGGAGGAGAUGAAUGCAAAUUAAAUUUGGCUGACCGAUUAAGAAUAGCAAAGGAGAUAGCACAAGGAAUGCAAUAUCUGCAUCACCAUUUCUUUGUGCAAGUCAUACAUUGUGAUCUAAAACCCAAUAAUGUGUUGUUGGGGGAUGACAUGACUCCAUGUGUAGCAGAUUUUGGCAUUACCAAACUUCUAUUUGGGAAUUCAAUGAAUUCAUUUACUUCUACAAAUGCACUAAAUGGAUCUAUUGGCUACAUUGCACCAGUGGGUGGAAUGGAUUCCACAAAAGGAGAUGUAUAUAGCUAUGGAGUUCUUCUUUUAGAGUUGUUGACAAGGAGGAGACCUAUAGAUGACAUGUUUGUAGAGGGAAUUAAUCUACCGAAAUGGGUAGGUAUGAAUUUUCCAAAUAAAAUCACUGAAGUGGUGGACAACAACCUACUUCGAGAUGUUAAUGAAUCAGAUUUAUCAGUGGUAUUGUCAUGUCUUACUCAAUUUAUGCAAGUUGGAUUGGCUUGCACAAGGGAGCUACCACAAGAACGACCAAAUAUGAUGGAGAUAGCUGAAAGGUUAGAAAAAAUAGCAAUGACAUUUCUCGGCACUCGAUCUCUUCAAUUGCCCAUAGAUAUCUUGUCUUUUCUUGAGAGUACAAAUGGUCGAAAAAAUACUGAAUUAGGAAAUGAUGAAAACUGGUCUACAUCUACAUCUUAG